GGGAACGAGAGGUGGCCGAGGCUGGAACCUAGAAAAAGAGUCGGGAAGCCGGGCACUGGAGGUAGGAGCCGCUGGGCACGAGUGAGACAGCAGCAUGAUCCCUGAAGAGUCUGUAGAAGAAUUUUUCAGUGCUAGCACUGGACAAGCUCACAGCAAAAGCCUGUCUGAGGAUUUCAUGUUGCUUUAAAUAAAAACCUUCAUUGCUACAUGUUGUAAGGCGAGAGAUUUCCUUUCUGAGAAAGAGGGUGGCUCUUCUCACAGUGCACUGAUAUCCGCACUGAUAUCCAGGCUAUCUUGCAAGAAGACUGAAAGGGGAGUUCAAGAGGGUGAGAAGGCCAAUGGCAAGACAUUAACCAAGUCCGCAUAAUUGUUUGGAACCCAAUGAAAGCAAGGCUUCCCUGACAGCCUAGAUCUUUCCAUUCUGGAGAAGAGAGAUAAUUUGGGAGUUUUUAUUUUUCAAUCCUCUAAGCCUUUAAGCUUUCUGGAUAGCAGGAACUGGCUGGGAAGCCAAACCCAGACCUUAUUCUACUCUUCUUUUUGUUCGUUUGUUUUAAAGCUGGAAUCCAAAUAAAUUUCAAACUUGUUUUUAAAGAUUCUAAUUUCCAAAGUGCCUUUCAGAAGAAUCUCUCUUCUCCAUCUACUCUAAAGAGUAGUUGAGGUAUUCCUGGCAGUUGCAGUAAGAACUGGGCCUGAAAUCAGGAGGACAUAAAUUUGAGAAGAUGCUCCAGAAAGUUACAAACCAAAGAAGCUCAUGAUUGGGACACUUUAUAUUGCAUAUUGAAUGUGCCCCAACGAUUCUUGCCUGCAGGGAGAACUCUAGGGAAGAUUAACUGUAGUGAAUUCGACCUCACUGGAAACUCCUGUGGUUUCUCUGCUGGCUCUGUGGCUGGCAUCUCCAGUUCUGAAUUGUGCUUGAUGGGGGGUUUUGCUAGGGGAGCAGACCUUGCAGCUAAGGACAGUAUUGUGGAACUAGGGGGCUUAGCGUCUAUAUGCCAACGGGCAUAUUGGCUUAACCCCCAAGCAAAAGUUUUUUUCUCUAAGCCUUGCCUUCUGUAGUAUAUCAAGAGUUGAAGGCUGGAGAAGGACUGCAUAAUCUUGCAACAUGACAUCCAAGUUGGAACAAAAGGAGGCUCAUCACACCAAUGGAGUGGUGCUACCCAUUGUUGCUGGGCCUAUAGACUGUCUCUCCAGCCCUGACCGAAAGCAUCUCGUCGAAUCUUCUGAGUUUUUAGGACCUGAAGAAGGAGGAGUGGAGGUGGUGGUGAUCGAAUCCCGAGCUAAUGCCAAAGGGGUCCGGGAGGAGGAUGCCCUGCUGGAAAAUGGCAGUCAAACUACUGAGAGCGACGAUACCAGCACGGACCGGGGCCCAGAACCAACCUCUCCUCUCAAAGAGACCUCUUUUUCCAUUGGGCUACAAGUCCUCUUUCCUUUCCUGCUGGCAGGGUUUGGGACAGUAGCUGCCGGGAUGGUGCUAGAUAUUGUGCAGCACUGGGAUGUCUUCAAGUAUGUGACCGAAGUAUUCAUCUUGGUUCCAGCACUCCUGGGACUGAAGGGGAACUUGGAGAUGACACUAGCAUCUCGACUCUCUACAGCUGCUAACAUUGGACAAAUGGAUACUCCCAAAGAGCUCUGGAAGAUGAUAAUGGGAAACAUGGCUCUGAUACAGGUUCAAGCAACAGUGGUUGGUUUUCUGGCCUCGAUUGCUGCAGUGAUAUUUGGCUGGAUUCCAGAUGGACACUUCAGCAUUGGCCAUGCCAUUCUUCUUUGCGCCAGUAGUGUGGCCACAGCCUUCAUAGCCUCCCUCGUGUUGGGCAUGAUCAUGAUUGGCGUAAUCAUUGGCUCCAGGAAGAUGGGCAUCAACCCUGACAACGUGGCUACACCUAUCGCUGCCAGUCUCGGUGACCUCAUCACCCUUGCUCUUCUCUCAGGCAUCAGCUGGGGUCUCUACAUAGAACUGGAGGACAAAGCCUAUGUGAAUCCCCUGGUCUGUGCAUUCUUUGUUGCACUGCUGCCACUUUGGAUCAUUGUUGCCAAGAGGAAUCCAGCAACCCGGGAGGUGUUGUACUCUGGCUGGGAGCCGGUCAUCAUCGCCAUGGCUAUUAGCAGCGUUGGAGGGUUAAUACUGGAUAAAACUGUGUCGGAUCCAAAUUUUGCAGGGAUGGCAGUCUUUACUCCGGUUAUAAAUGGUGUCGGUGGCAACCUGGUGGCCGUCCAGGCUAGCCGCAUCUCUACUUACCUCCACAUGAGUGGGAUGCCUGGAGAGAGCUCGGAGAGAACCCCCCGCAAGUGCCCAAGCCCUUGCAGCACUUUCUUCAGUUCAGAUGUGAAUUCCCGGUCUGCUCGGGUGCUCUUCCUACUGGUGGUUCCCGGCCACUUGGUUUUCCUUUAUACCAUCAGCUCCAUGCAAGGUGGCCACACAACGCUCACCUUGAUCUUUAUAGUUUUCUACAUGACUGCAGCACUUCUCCAGGUUCUCAUUCUUCUUUACAUUGCUGACUGGAUGGUCCACUGGAUGUGGGGCAGAGGCCUGGACCCUGACAACUUUUCAAUACCUUAUUUGACAGCGCUGGGGGACUUGCUUGGGACAGGUCUCCUGGCACUCAGCUUCCAUAUCCUCUGGCUCAUUGGGGACCGGGACACAGAUGUGGGGGACUAAAACCAGCCCUUCUCCAGCUUCUCCACACCCCAGCUCAUCUCCUUCAGUGACAUUCCCCCCCCCCUUCCUGCCUCCCCUCCACAAUGCCUUGCUGCCACCCUCUGUCUCUCUUUGGGACUUUAACUUUGAUAUUGGAUUCUCAUUAUUUUCAAUGGGAAUUUUAUGUGGUUUAUAUUUCAAGCCAAGUUUGUACAGGAGAAAAAUAGUUUUAGGAAGGACAAAAGAAGAAGAAGAAAAUGUGUAAUGACAAUCACCAAGUGCAAUUUCAUAAUGGUUAAUAUCUGAAUUAUAGGAUAUAAUAGAAAACGAUUGAUCAACAAA